GAGAGGGAGGGAAAGAGAGGGAGAGCGACGCGAGAUGCACUUUGUGGUGUUUAGCUUCUUCGAGAUUUCUGCGGAGCAUCUCCGCAGAUAGGACGACUGAAGUGCACGUCCGCGCGGAUGAUAAACGUGCGUUAAAUAGAUAAAGCGGCAGCCAGGAUACAGCUAUUAUGGAGGCUUUGCGUCUGGCUAUACAGACGCGGCUCGGGGAGAGGAUGGUCAGCAUGAGUUCAAUGCUCGUGGAGACAGUCAGCAUAAAUUAUGAAGAUUUCAAUGAGAGUUUUCUAACAUGUGGCACCUGUCUCUGUGUUUAUGACGGUAGCGAGCAUACACCUAAAUUGUUACCAUGUUCACAUACGGUAUGUCUGCAUUGCCUGACAAGAAUUGCUGCGUCCCAAACACGGGAAACAGGAGCGUUCAGAUGUCCUAUUUGUAGAGAACUAAUAACAAUUCCCCGCGGGGGGGUAUCCGCGCUGCCGCCGAGUUUUCUCGUGAACCAACUUCUGGACCUUAUGUCGCGACAAAGACGAGAGGUCAUCCCAAAGUGUUCAGUUCAUAUAAAUCAGGAAUUAUUGUUUUGCGAAACCUGCGACACGGUGUUUUGUACGGUAUGUACGGGCGGGACUCACGCGGGCACAUCGCCGGGAUGCACAGAGCACACCAUCAUCCCAUUUAGCAUCGCGAUCAAACGGAUGUCCGAGAUACUGCUUUACAAAGCCAAUGAGUGUAUAUCCAAGUUAACACAGGCACAAGAUUCCGUGAGCACAGAGCUGCAGCGCUUAGAUGCCUCCACGGAGAGAUGUUUGAACGCGGUGGACACGGAGUUCGCGGAGAUCAUCGCCAAAAUAGAGAGACGUCGAUCGGAGUUACAGGCCGCCGUGACCGCUGCCGCGCGUGACAAGAAGCACGUGCUCGAGGAGCAGCAUUCCCUCAUCGAGGCGGAGAAGAGCAAAGUGGAGAGAGAAUGCGAAGGACUACAAUAUCAGGUCGAAGUCCGGAAUAUUACUCAACGUAUUAACAGCCUGUCUGAUCAGCUCGACGCGGCGACCGCCCUCAGCGAGCCCAAGGAGAAUGCCUUUAUCACAUUCGAAUUCAACCAUAACGACGCUCUCUCGCAGUUAGAGCAAGCACUGAAUAACUUAGGACGAGUACGUUCUAGUACAACAUUGCCAGGUCUAUGUCGGGCCAGAUUGAAAGAUUUAGCGAUAGUGAAGCUACAAGCGACCGUCACAGUCGAAACGGUAGAUUAUCACGGUCACCCACGGAACGUCGGCGGAGAUCUUGUCGGCGCCGAGCUGACGCUCGCGGAUAAUAUCCACACGGAGAACCAAAGCGCUCCCAUCGAGACAGAGGUGAAGGAUCUGGAGAAUGGAACUUACGAGAUUUAUUUCCGCCCGCCUAGCGCGAACCGAUACGUCUUAAAGGUGUCGGUGUUCGAACGUCCCAUAAAGGACUAUCCGUUGUUUUUCGACGCGACCGAACAUAAUGAACCGAUCAAGGUAUAUGGGAGACGCGGUAACGGAAAGGAUGAGUUCCAUCAGCCAGUCUCUGUCGCGGUGGAUGACGAAGGGAUGAUCUAUAUUUUGGAUACCGGAAAUUCUCGCAUCAAGGUACUCAACUGUGAUCUGGAGUUUCAAAGACACAUCAACAAUGAAGGCCUGGAAGGCCGCAGUUGUACGGGCAUAGGUAUUUCUCAGCAGGGCCUCGUAGUCGUUAACUGGCGAACGCGAACGAUCACGGAGAUGACUUCAUUAGGUGACACAAUCCGAUCUUUUUCGCAUAACGCGUUUCAAGAACCGAUAGAUAUUGCAGUGGACAAGAGUUACGGACACAUACUCGUCGCUGACAAUGGUCAAAGCUGUGUUUUUGUAUUUGACUCAGAUGGCAAGAUACUAUUUCAGGUCGGCAAGAGAGGCACAUUCAAGCUGAUCAGUUCCGUCACUGUUGGCCCGGACGGUGAGAUCUUAGUUGCCGACAGUAGAAUUCAGGUGUUUUCUGCGAAGGGAGAUUUCUCCGAAGAAAUAUAUCUCGAGGGAAAGGGAAAAGGCAUUUACGGAGGAAUAGCCGUAGACAUGGAUGGCAAAAUACUCGGUACCCGCACGGACAAGGGUCGUAGCAUAAUACAGGUGUUGAAGCUAGGUGGAGGCAAUAUUUUAACCGAAAUCGACUCUCACAGCUCGAAAUUGCGACGUCCCGCAGGCAUAGCCGUGCUGCCGGACAAUCAUCUGGUGGUGGUGGACCUGGGCAAUGAUUGUAUAAAGAAAUACAGGUACUGGUAAACAAACAAACAAGAAGUCAUUCGUUUGAGUGUUCAAAUUCGAUCGCGAAUGGGGAGAAAGUCCAUUGCGAACAUACCAAAUGUGUCAACCUAAUUUAGAAUUAUUUAUUCAGGUUUUCUUUUGUGGAACUUUGUAGUUGUGUAACGUUACGUACUCUGUGACGAGUAUAAUGUCUAUGUUUUUUAUAAAUUUUUAUAUAUAGUUUAUAAAUUGCGAUAAGAGGAAUGUGGUGAGAUAGUAACAACAAAGAGGAGACUUGAGUUCUCGUUCUGCGCAGCUUGUGUUGCUACAUUACUAUCGUAUUACGCGGUUUACGCUUCGCCCUUAUCUUCAAAAUUUACUUCAACAUGUUGUGUUCAACCUAACUUUCUCUCUCGUUCCUCGCGUAAAUGCAUUAUGCGAAUGUGCAAAAGUUUUACCCACGCGUAAAAAAACAGUCAUUCGGAAUGCUCAGUACUUACUGUACGUAUACUUUGAUACUUCAUAACCGUUUAAGUCAUCGCGCGAUUAAUGUUUGUUAAUCGUUUGAAAAUGCAUGAAACGACUCUCUGUUGUCACUGACUAAUAAUAAAUGCACCGCGAACAACGACUCGGUCUCUCUCCCGGUUUUAUCGAAACUAGAACUCUGUAUCCCUUGUUACUGAAUCUGUUUGAUUUUUAUCAACACCCGAAAAUCUGACCAAAUGUUUUCGUCUCGCAAACACAGGCUUUGAAGAUAAGAUUGGAGACUGAAAUCCGGACGAACAAAUGUCCAUCCGCCCGACGGAAUAUGGACGGGCUAAUUAAAGAAAUAGAAUUAAAGGAAUUCGUCUCUUGUCUUAUCUCAAAUAAAACUUUUUAAUUAGCUCGAUUCGAUUGAGGUAUAUUGAGUCACUGUUCGCGGCUAUGUAAUGUUAUUAUAUAGAAGUUGUA